CAAGCUCUGCUAAGCAGUGUGACGUCUGAAGUGCUCUUGUGCGCGUGAACGACACUGGCUCGAGUUCUGGCAGCGAACGGCGUCGGAGGAGGCGAGCAGAAUCCGCUGUGUGUCGUCGGCUCAAAUCCAACCACCCUCCACAGUCCACCCCGGUACGUUCAACGCCGGACAUCGCGACACCAAUGGAAAGGAGUUGGUCCUUGGCUCGUGCUGAGCGCUCCCAGGCGAGCGGGUGCUGCUGAAGUGGCAAGCGCAUAGAGCUGUCGACGACCAAGACGAACAAGACGGGACCAAGACCUACGACUCUAACGACUCGUGGCACGCGGCACGGCGCAGCUCAAGUUGCGCAAAUGGAGGGCUGCACCAUUCCCUCGCUCGAGCCGCGCGCGCCUCGACUGGGCGGUCCACUACCUCUCCUUGCCGUGGAAGCUGCUCUUCGCGUGCAUCCCGCCCACGCUCUUCUUCGGCGGAAAGGCCACCUUCGUCGUCGCGCUCGUCUGCAUCGGCGCCGUCACCGCGAUCAUCGGCGACGUCGCCGCCCUUUUCGGCUGCGUGCUCGGCAUGCCCGACGCGAUCACCGCGAUCACUGUCGCGCUGGGCACCUCGCUCCCCGAUGUCCGACCCCACCGCCGACGCCGCCGUCGGCAACGUGACUGGCUCGAACGCGGUGAACGUCUUCCUCGGCCUCGGGCUGCCGUGGAUGAUCGGCGCGCUCUACUGGAGCCGAAAGGGCGCGACGCCCGAGUGGGCGGCGCGCUACCCCGACCAAGCCGCGCUCUACCCGCAGGGCGGCUUCGUCGUCCCCGCCGGCGACCUCGGCUACUCGGUGACCGUCUUCUGCGUCUGCGCCGUCCUCUGCCUCGGCAUGCUCACGCUGCGCCGCUCGGUCCUCGGCGGCGAGCUCGGCGGGCCGAGCUGGGCGGCGGCGCGCGACCGGAGCCAGGGCGGCGGCGUCGCGCAGGCGCUGCUCCAGAAGCGGGUGGUGGCCGUCUUCUUCCUCCUUUUGUGGGCGGUGUACAUUGUCGGCGUGACGUGUGAAUGAUUUUACUUUUAAGGGAUUGUG